GGAGCCGCACAGGAGAUCCUUUGUCUAGGAAGGCUAGCAGAGAAGAUCACUUUGGAGUUGCUAAGCUCUGCAUUGCCAUUGGCUGCACUCUUUGUGGGGCUGUUUUUGCAAAAGGCAUGCCCAGCACGUCUACAGUGCUGGCAGGCCAGGGCUGCCUUUAAACACCAUGAUAAUAAUACCAAAAAGCAGUUUGCAGAACUGUUCCACUGUAGAGGCUUCCUCUGCAGAAGCAAGCAAGAUGGCUACCUCGUGGGCUUCGCUGUGAAGAAUGCAGAGGCUAAUUAAGACAGACUUUAAGGGGAAAAAAGGGUUAUAAAAGAAAACAAGAGGCCCCAGAGGGAAAAGAAGCCCAAAGUUUUAAAGGUAAUCAGUUAUUGAUUAAAUCAUAUUUAAUUUUUUGCCAUUUCAUAUAGUAUUUUUCUGUCACUUAGGAGUAAAUUUGGAGUACAGUGGAUGUGAAUUCUCCUGGAUUUUCAGUAGAUAAAUGAAUUUUCACUCAACUGAAGUGUUUCUGUCUCUCUCCCUCUCUCUCUUUUUUUGAUGUGCUCUAUGGUGUACAUAUUAGCAUCCUUUAUUUUCAACUCCACACAAGUCUGCAAAAGGAAAAGUUUAUAUGCAAAGUGUUGUGAAUAAAAUUUGUUUUUCUUUGUAGAUCCUUUUGUAGCAUCUGCCUUUGUGGUGUUGCACCAGUGUGUAAACUUAAGCUCUUAAGGAGACACUAUUUGAAGUUGACAGCUAUGAUCCAUUGUGAUUUUAAUAGACCUUCCAUUAGAUACUAUUUUAAAAUGUGUGGUUUUGCUUUCCAAAGAGAAAGGUCCUUAGAGGUUUUAGUUCAACUUAAAAUAUGUAAGCCAUCGAGAUCAGCCAAAUUAUCAUUGCCUGAUCCCAGAUUCUCAUUGUAUCAUUUUUAAUUUUGGCAUUCAUAGAGCUGUAGAAAUAUGCAUGUUUUCUUUAUUUUCAGUAGUUUGCCUAAUGAGUAUUUAGCAGUAACCUAAUUUGGUUGUAAGCUAACAGUCUGUGAUAUGAGCUUUGUACAGUAUUUAGAAGGGUUAAUUUAAAAGCAUAUGGCACUACUCAAAGUUCAAGGCUAGCUUUAGUUUAGCAAAUGGGUGCUUAUGUGUUAAAGGUUUCAAGUGGCAUAUUGCUGUUAUAAAUGUAAGCAACCUGAGCAAGUAACCUUUUUAAUUAAAAAAACAAAACAAAACCAAAAACCUUAAGCAAUAAAACUGAUCUUUAAAAUUAUAUCGUGUGUAUAUAAUUAACAACAUUUUCACCUAAUCUUAGCUUUUCUUUUGCAAAUAAAGUUUUAGCACUCAAAGAGGAACAACAUGUUGAACUAUGGAUGUGGCAAAUUUUUAUGUCAUUUGCUUCCCCUGUUGUGUACCUUGAAAAUGUUAUUGACAUGGAGAACCAAACCUUGCAUUGCUUUCAAAUUUGUCUGACCACCUUGAGUUUCUGUUUCCUGUGUGUACGCGGCCGUUGCCAUGUACAUUUUCAUCAACCAACAAGUAUUUGUUUCAUAUUUACCACACAGCCAUCAGUUCUAGGCACUGUGAAAUGAAUGAAAUUGCUUGGCACAAAUUCUCAUUGGGCCUGGACAAAUAGAAUACUGGUUAUUUUCAAGGCAGAUUUUGUCAACAAACUAGUAAAUGGCCCCAAGUCAGAAUCCAUGGAAUACAGGAGGAGCUAUGGGGGGGAACAGAGAUUGGAAUUAAACCCACCUCCUCUCGAAAAUGUGACUAAAAAUGAAGAAAGUAUGACAGGUAUUGAAGUGGAGAAGUGGACGCAAAACAAGAAAUCACAUUUAACCGAUCAUGUCAAAGGUGAAUUUAAGGCAGUUGUGACGGAAGCUGAAAAAUUAAAAAAUUCUGAAGAUGACAGGAAAAAAGUCCUACUUACUGAUCUAAUUGAGCCUCAGAAAUUGUUUGCACAAACCGUAAGAAAUGGCAUUAAAAAUGUACACUAUUUACCAACCGAAACAAAUGUGUCUUUUAAAAAAUUCAAUAUUGAAGAAUUUGGCAAGGCAUUUGAAAACAACUCCUGUAAAUUCCUGAAAGACACUGCCAACCAUAAUGCCAUGAGUUCUAUUGCCACUAGUGCGAGCUGUGAUCAUCUCAAAGGAAGAAGUAAUGUUUCAGUCUUCCAGAAAUCUGGCUUUAACUGCAAGUCUUUUCCAAAUCCUGCAACUUUCCACUUAAAUAGUCCUACUAGUACACACAAUGAAAGUGAUCAACCCAAAUCUCUAGAAAAUAUACCAAGUAAAGAACCAAAAGAUGGAUCUCCAGUUCAACCAAGUCUUCUAUCCCUAAUGAAAGAUAGGAGACUAACGCUGGAGCAAGUUGUGGCCAUAGAAGCUCUCACCCAACUGUCAGAAGCCCCAUCAGAAAAUUCCUCACCAUCAAAGUCAGAGAAGGAUGAAGAAACAGAACACAGAACAGCGAGUUUGCUUAAUAGCUGUAAAGCUAUCCUCUAUUCUGUACGAAAAGACCUCCAAGACCCAAACUUACAAGGGGUACCAGAAAGCCUUCCUCACUGUCCAUCUUUGGAAAAGCAGAGUUCAUGCAACACGGUGGUAUUCAAUGGGCAGAACAUUUCCAAGUCACACCACAGCUCAGCUGCUAACCAGACAACUUCAAAAUCGCAGGAGUAUUCAAAAGUCACAAAUUCAGUCCCUCAUUUCAUACCAAAUUCAAAUUCAUCUAAAAUUGACACCAGUAAAAAUGUUGCUCAAGGUAGAAUUACUCUUGAUAGUUCUAAGAAUUUGCAUCAGUUGCCACCAUCAGGUGAUAAAUUGGGGCAUUGUAACCAGUCACUGGCCAGCAGUAAAAAGAUAGACCUAAAAGACGAUCCAUCGUGUCUGAAUACAAUACACAGCAAAAUAGAGGAGGAUGUUGCAACGCAGUUAACACAACUUGCGUCAAUAAUUAAAUUCAAUUACAUAAAACAAGAAGACAAAAAGGUUGAAAGUACACCAACAAGCCUUGUUGCAUAUAAUGUACAGCAAAAGUGUAAUCAGGAGAAGGUCACAAUACAACAGAAACAACCUUCCAGUGUACAAAAUAACCAUAGCUCAUCAUUGACAAAGCAAAAGAACACAACACAGAAAAAGACAAGAGCUACCCCAUCAAGAGAUCGGCGGAAAAAGAAGCCUGUAGUCAUAAGUUGUCAAGAAAAUGACCAGAAAAAACAGGAACAGUUGUCAUAUGAGUAUAGUAAGUUACAUGACAUUUGGAUAGCAUCUAAGUUUCAAAGAUUCGGUCAAUUUGGUCCACAUGAUUUUCCCAUUCUGUUGGGGAAAAUUCCUCCCCUAACCAAAGUAUGGAAACCACUGACUCGAAGGAGUUCAGCGUUAGAACACAAAAAAUUAUUUCCUCCACUCACUCAGAUAAAAUUUGAGCGUUAUUAUCCUGAAUUAGCACAGGAAAGAAACAUGAAGGUUGAACCGUUGGAUUCUCUCCCAUUAUGCCAGUUAAAAACAGAAUCCAGUGGGCAGGCGUUUACAGAAAAAGUUUAUAAUUCUCAGGUACAGCCAACAGUGAAUGUCAAUCAGAAAGCUCACCCUUUAAUCCAGCCCUCCUCUCCUGCUAACCAGUGUGCUAACGUAAUGGCUGGCGAUGACCAAACACAGAUCCAGGGGGAUGUUCAAGACCAACUCAUGCAUCAGAAACUGUCAACAUUGCCUGGUAUCUCCCAUGAAACCCCCUUACCAGACCCAGCACAAAUUCUCAGGAAUGUCAAUGUAGUAUGUUCAGGUGGGAUCACGGUGGUUUCGACGAAGAGCGAAGAGGACGUAUGUUCAUCUAGUGUUGGAGCAUCAGAAUUUUCCCCAGUAGACAGUGCACAGAAAAGUUUUAAUGAUUAUGCCAUGAACUUCUUUACCAAUCCUACAAAAAACCUGGUGUCCACCACGAAAGAUUCUGAAUUGCCAACCUGCAACUGUCUCGAUCGAGUUAUACAAAAAGACAAAGGCCCAUAUUAUACACACCUUGGGGCAGGACCAAGUGUUGCUGCUGUCAGGGAAAUCAUGGAGAAUAGGUAUGGUCAAAAAGGAAAUGCAGUAAGGAUAGAAAUUGUAGUGUACACAGGAAAAGAAGGAAAAAGCUCUCAUGGGUGUCCAAUUGCUAAGUGGACUGCUAUGAGAAAAUACCAGACUGAAUGGCUUCUAUACAACAGAAAUUUAUUUCUCACAGUUCUGGAGUUUGGAAGUCUCAGAUCAGGGUGCCAGCAUGGUUGGGUUUUAAGAAGAGGCAGCGAUGAAGAGAAAGUUCUUUGCUUGGUCCGGCAACGUACAGGCCAUCACUGUCCAACAGCUGUGAUGGUGGUUCUCAUUAUGGUAUGGGACGGCAUUCCUCUGCCCAUGGCCGACAGAUUGUACACGGAGCUUACGGAAAACCUAAAGUCAUACAAUGGUCAUCCCACAGACAGAAGAUGCACGCUCAAUGAAAAUCGUACCUGUACAUGUCAAGGAAUUGAUCCAGAGACCUGUGGAGCUUCAUUCUCUUUCGGCUGUUCAUGGAGUAUGUAUUUCAAUGGAUGUAAAUUUGGUAGAAGCCCAAGCCCUAGAAGAUUUAGAAUUGAUCCAAGCUCUCCCUUGCACAACUACUAUGAAAGAAUUACUAAAGGACGUAAUCCAGAAAGAAGAUAUAUGAAACCGGAACCAAUCUGUCCGGGACACGAGGCCAUGGAGAAAAACCUUGAAGAUAAUUUACAGAGUUUGGCUACACGAUUAGCUCCAAUUUAUAAGCAGUAUGCUCCUGUUGCUUAUCAAAACCAGGUAGAAUACGAACAUGUGGCCCGAGAAUGUCGGCUUGGUAGCAAAGAAGGGCGUCCUUUCUCUGGAGUCACCGCUUGCCUCGACUUCUGUGCCCAUCCUCAUAGGGACAUUCACAACAUGAAUAAUGGAAGCACUGUGGUUUGUACUUUAACAAGAGAAGAUAACCGCUCCUUGGGGGUUAUCCCUCAGGAUGAGCAACUCCACGUUCUACCGCUCUACAAACUCUCAGACACAGAUGAGUUUGGCUCUAGCGAAGGAAUGGAAGCCAAGAUCCAGUCUGGGGCCAUUGAGGUGCUUGCUCCCCGCCGUAAAAAAAGAACACGUUUUACCCAGCCAGUUCCUCGUUCUGGGAAGAAGAGGGCAGCAAUGAUGACAGAAGUUCUCGCACAUAAGAUAAGAGCUGUGGAGAAGAAAUUCAUUCCUCGGAUCAAGCGCAAGAAUCACGGGACAACAAACAGUAGCAAGGCUUCAUCGCUGCCGCUUUUAGGGAAUAAAACCGAAGCCUUGCAACUUGAAAUAAAAAGUGAAACUGAACCCCAUUUUAUCUUCAAAGGUUCGGACAACACUAAAACCUACUCAUUGACCCCAUCCAUUCCUCACCCACUGAAAGAGGCAAACAUACCUCCAGGUUUCUCCUGGUCCCCUAAGACGGCGUCAGCCACCCCAGCUCCUUGUAAGAGUGAUGCGUCCGUUCCCUACGGGUUUUCAGAAAGAAGUAGCAAUCCCCACUGCACGGUGCCUUCUGCGAGACACAGCGGUGCUAAUGCAGCUGCGGGGGAAUGCACUGGAAUUGCACAGCCUGGCGAGGUGGUUUCUCUGCCCACGCUGCCCGCUCCCGUGGCAGACACCCUGGUUUAUUCUGAGCCGCCCACUGGUCCGUCUGAACAGCCACCUUCCAGUCACCCAAGCCAGCAGCCCCCCUGCACCACCUGCCCCCAUGACCUGGCGUCCUCUCUGGUGGAAGACGACGAGCAGCAUUCUGAUGCCGACGAGCCUCUGUCCGACGACCCCCUGUCCGACGACCCCCUGUCCCCCGCGGAGGAGAAGCUGCCCCACAUCGAUGAGUAUUGGUCAGACAGCGAGCACAUCUUCCUGGACGCCAACAUCGGUGGGGUCGCCAUAGCGCCUGCCCACGGCUCGGUUCUGAUCGAGUGUGCGCGGCGGGAGCUUCACGCCACCACGCCCGUCGAGCACCCGAACCGGAACCACCCCACUCGCCUCUCCCUCGUUUUCUACCAGCACAAAAACCUGAAUAAGCCCCAACACGGUUUUGAACUAAACAAAAUUAAGUUUGAGGCAAAAGAAGCUAAGAAUAAGAAAAUGAAGGCCUCAGAGCAGAAAGACCAGGCAGCUAGUGAGGGUCCCGAACUGUCCCCUGAAGUUAAUGAAUUGAACCAAAUUCCUUCUCAUAAAGCGUUAACAUUAACCCAUGACAAUAUUGUCACCGUGUCCCCCUAUGCUCUCACACAUGUUGCAGGACCCUAUAACCAUUGGGUCUGAAGGCUUUUCCCCCCUUCUUAAUGCCUUUGCUAGUGCAGUGUAUUUUUUCAAGGUGCUGUUAAAAGAAAGUCAUGUUGUCGUUUACGUAUCUUCAUCUCACCCAUUUGAAGGCUGAGGUAAAAAAACAAAACAAAACAAAAAAACAAAAAUGGGGUGGGUAUUUCUUAACUGUGACUAUAUUUUGACAAUUGGUAGAAGGUGCACAUUUUAAGCAAAAAUAAAAGUUUUAUAGUUUUAAAUACAUACAGAAAUGUUUUGGUUAGGCGUUAACCUUGAUAGAAUCACUCAGUUUGGUGCUUUAAAUUAAGUCUGUUUACUAUGAAACAAGAGUCAUUUUUAGAGGAUUUUAACAGGUUCAUGUGCUAUGACGUAAAAUCAAGACACAGUGUUAACUCUACACAGCUCCUGGUGCUUACCCACAUCAACAGUUAAAAAUAAGCUGCAUUAUUAUUUCAUGGUGCCAUCGUUCCAACAUCUUCCAAUCAUUGCUAGAAUAUCGGCAUAUUCCUUUGAAAUAAACCAAUGAAAUGUUUUCUCUCUCAAAAUAUCUCUCCUGUAUAAAGUAAUUCAUUAUUGUUAAUAAUGGUUGGAGGCUGUUCAUAAAUUGUAAAUAUAUAUUUUAAAAGCACUUUCUAUUUUUAAAAGUAACUUGAAAUAGUAUAGUAUAAGAAUCUUAUUGUCUAUUGUUUGUGCAUAUUUGCAUACAAGAGAAAUCAUUUAUUCUUGCUGUGUAGAGUUCCAUCUUGUUAACUGCAAUAUGUAUUCUAAUCAUGUAUAUGGUUUUUUUUUAAUGUGUCCUUUCUCAUGCAAAUAUUAGCUACUUAUAUAAAAUAGUUAGAACAUGCAAAAAUCGUUAAUUUUCUCUAAAAUUGGGAUUAGGAAGCAUAUCACCAAUAUCGAUUAACAUUUUAUUUGGAACUAAGUAAGCGUGGUCUCUUCUGAUUUAUCAAGCAACAGUGGCCCUAAUUUCACUUUCACCCCAGCUUUCUCAAAAUACUCAUGAAAGGUUUUUCCAAAAGGAGAUGGGACAUCGUAGGAUUCAGAAGAGUCAAAUGCUUCUAAAGUUUCAAGGUGAUAAAAUAUAAAAAUUAAGUAGCAAGAACCCGACCCAUUCCAAAUUGCCUUAUUUGUUUUGGUACAGAAUAAGAAUAAAAUUCCCAUAGAAAUCUUGUGAAAACAAAUCCCCUAUUGUUGUCACACAUCCACACAUCCCAGACAGUAGGAGUGGUAAUCUAAGUAUGGUAUUGCCCAUAAAGAGCUAAUCCAAAGUAGUUUAUCUAAGCAUAUUAGUAUUAGGGAAAUAAAAACUCAUCUUCUCUGAUACUUGCCUGUGUUCUAGGUAACAGGAAAAUAGGCAUUCCGUUUAAAUUAGCCCUCCCGUAUUUUUUCCCAUUACUUAUUGGCUCAUUUUAUAGCAAAACAAAAGGAAUUGCCCAAACAAAAUGUUUAGAGCAAGAAAUUUCAGUGAAAUACUUGAUUCUAUUUAAAAUGCAGAGGUGCUAUAACAUUCAAAGUGUCAGAUACCUUGGGAGUGUGGAAAACCUAAAUAAUGGUGCUUCUCCCUUGGGAAUGCCAUAGGAAGCCCACAACUGCUAACACUCAACAAUUUUGGUGCAAAAGCAAACAGUUCCAGCAAGCUCUAAAAAAAAACUCAUUGUAACUUAUAUUAAAAUAAUAUAUGGUGCAAAGUAUCAGUUUCAAGCUUUUGACUAGUCCAACUAAAGGAAUAUGAAGGGAUUGUAUAUAACAAAUACCAUUGGUAGACCAUCAUCUUGUACAAGUAGAUUUCUGCUUCUUGAAUAUGUAAAAUAGGGUGAUUCAUUGACUUGUUUUAGUAUUUUGUGUGCCUUAGAUUUGCGUUUUAAAACAUGUAUAUUUUUGUGAGCCUAAGGUUUCUUAUACAUAUAAGUAUAUAAAUAAGUGAUUGUUUAUUAUUUCAGCUGCUUUGAUAAGAUAUCUACUAGUAUUAGACUAUCAGGAAUACACCCUUGUGAUAUUUCGUUUUAGAUAUUAGGCCUUAGCUCCCACUAGAAAUUCUCUCACCACAUUUAAUGAAUCAAGUUUUAAGACCCUUUAUCCAUCCACCCAUCUUCCUUCCAUUCAACACUUUCCGAAUGUCUGCAGAAUUUAAAUAUUAGCUUUGGUUUUUCUUUGAACUGCCGCCCAUGACACAGUAUACGUGAAGAAUUGAAAUCCUAAAAGAUGCUUUGGUCCAUGCUUUUCAAAGAAACAACAAAUUUCCUUCAAAAGAAUCCAUUGUUGGGAGGGCGGCAGGGGGAGGGGAGUGCCUGGCUGGCUCAGUUGAUAGAGCAUGUGACCCUUCAUCUCAGGGUCGUGAGUUCGAGCCCCACAUUGGGCACGGAAUCUAUUUAAAACUGAAAACACAAAAAGAACAAAAACAUCCAUUGUAAUAUAUCUGCAGCAGUUCAAGUCAGUGUCACUAAUUUUGAGGUUUCUUAACAACUGAACUUGAAGUGACAGUGUUACUUAGAGGAAUCCUGGGAGUUGUGAAUUUUGGCUGCAGCUGCCCAAAGCCAGUACAUGAAAAUGUACCUUCUCAACUAAAAUGUUUCCAUUCCGUUAUUAUAAUUAACACAUCAAUGUCCUGCCUCAACUGAUAACCCCAUGGUGGGAACCACAUAUGAUUCCCACUUUGUUGGACUCUACUUCAUAAAUUAACAGUUCACCAUCCCAUUGUCUGCCCUGUGAUUUUUUUUUUCUUUUUAAAAGCUCAUGCUUAUUCAGUGUUCUCCAGCAUUGUGAUUGUAUGCUAGUGACACUGCUUUUAAGAAGCAAGGAAAUAAAUUUGUUUGAAAUGACAUUUUCACCAGAAAACUGGUCAUCUAACAUUAUUUCUGCACCUUCUGUUAUGUUUAUCUAUAGCGAUCACCUUUUGUAUUACCUGCUUUAUACUACUCAAAAUGAGUUUUUCAAUAUUCUGCCUUUGUUCAUGGUAUGAUAAUUGAAUUAGUUGAUACAUGACCCCCCAAGUUAACCCAGCUGUCCAUAAUAUGUUACAAACUUCCUAACUUCAAUGAACCUGCCUAUUUUAGAAACUCACAAAAUAAGCACGCUGCCCUUCAAAAUCCUAUUUCUAAUGGCUCUCAGAGCAUGGUUGAAAAAAUUUUUUCUUCUGCUUAUCAGCCUCACCUACAUCUUUCCAGUUCAUCCACAAAGUACCGAACACAUCGUGUCAUAGACCUAAUUGAAAUAUAUUAUUGGAAAGUGAGGCUAGCUGAAAAUGUAUAGCUGUAGGUAAAUUUUUGCAACACAUUAGCAAAAUGUUUGCAGCUCAACCUUCCAACAUCUUUGUUAUGCAAUCUGCAUGUGGGUGAAAUAAUUUGUUAAAUAUAGAACUUCAACUAGAUGAGAUCCAUAAGCAAUUAGUUAAGACAUAACCCCAAUACAUACUUAAUUGAAUGCAUACCCUUGUAUAAAUGAGAUACCAGUUCAUACCAAGUAACCUACUUUCUAAUAUUACUACUUCAGUGGACUCAGCUAAUUAUCCUUUAUUCCACAAUAGCAUGUAUGAAAAUAACCCUAAACUACUUAAGUUUACUCUUUGAAACAAAUUCAAUUGAGAUUUUUUUUAUCUGGGACAAAGUUUUGACAUUGCAUGACAACUUCCACCAAUAGUGGGCACAGGAUUUCCUUCAAAUGUACCUAGUAAAUCAGUAGCUGUCAUACGACUUUUUAAUAAUAUAUAGCUACCUUCUAUUUCACAACUUCUUGAUGCAUGGAAAUUUCUUUCUUGUCUAGAGUUAGUACUACUGUGAAUUUUGGUCUUCUGGAAAAAUUGAUGAUGAGAAUUGUGAAAUAAUAUGGUAGUGGCCUCUCACACCUUAGAAGUCACACAGUUCAAUCACUGGGGCUCAGAGAGCGGUUGUUAAUGUCAGUGUGUACUUACGUUUAUAAUGAGAGUUGAAACUAUCAAGUGGAGGCCAUUUUGUGUUUUGGAGAACUGGAGGAAACAAACUUGAUUUGCUCACCCAGAGAGUAUCUUAUCACUGGGAAAUAACCUGAUUGUGGUACAAGUAAAAAAUCAAAAUGGCUUUUUAUUUUUUCUGUUGGGUUUUGUUUUUUUCUGAGAGAUUCAGGAAAACAAGACAAAUGAAAUUGAAUCAAGAUUCCCCUGCCUGCAGAGUUUCGUGGGCCUUGUGUGGGAAAUCUAGCUGACUUUUACCUAUGACGCUGUCCUGUUAACUCAUCCAACAAAAUGUGGCAAUAGUCUUAUUUGCGAUUUCAAUAAAGAAAUACCAAGUACUUAUAUAGUACAGGCUUUUAUUUCCCCUGAUACAAGUAUUAGGCAUAUACAAGGAGUUAGAAAAAAUGAGUGGUUGAAAGAAUUGGGGGAAAAUACCAAUUGUAUAUAUUACCUAUGGUUGUACAGUCUAUUCCCACCUCUUGCCAAGUUGGCCUCACAAUGAAGUCUAAUUCACUUUGAUGUGAUUGUCUACGUGUAUUAGAAUACUGUUUUGUUGUGCACAGCUCCGAAACUUGCCCAGAAGUGUAUUGAACCUGUAACUUCAACAUCAACAGUAAGGUACCCUCAACCAGGUGAUAGAAUGAGUGCCCUGAUUCCUAAAGAGUCUGGAUUUACCCAGAUCGAAUUGUGCUUGGCAUUGUACUUUCAUCUAAUAGAUUUAGAGAAUGUGGCCAUUCAUGGCUCUGGAAUGCAAGCCAGAGAACCAGUGUGUCAGAAGCUAAAUUUGUGCAUUUUCUUAGAGUGUAUUGAGAUUUAUUGGCUUUUUUCCCUUUUCUCAUUUAUAAAACAGAGUCUGAGUUACUCUGGUCAUUUUGGAGAUGAUAAAAUUGGCUUUUAUGCAAGAAGACAUCACUCUUUUUGUCCACAUUGAACUCUAGAAACUUGACUUCUCUGCAUUCCAGUAUCUCUGGAUGUCUGUUUCAGUCCCUGUUCUUUCUGGGCACCCAAUCAAAUACCAUUGUUUACUUCAAAAGGCAUAAAUUUUAUUCCUUCGAGUAAUGCAAAGGUUUUCCUUACUUGGCCACUUAAAAUGUUCACUUCUCCUUUAAGGGCCCCACAAUGUGUUUCUCUAUUGAUAGUAUGCAGUAUUUAAUUUUUCUGGCUUUAGAAGUACAAUACUCAUCUCUGCAUUGUUGGCUAUAGUUUUCCGAUCCCUACUGUGAUAUCCAUGAUCUGCAUGGGUCACAAGUUUUUCUUGUUUCUUCAUGUCCCCUAUAAUUAAAGCAAAACUUAGUCUAAGGUAGGAAUGUUAUUAUCAGAUGUUAAACACAUUACCUGAUUUAACUGAUCUAUGUUUGAAUGCAACUUGGGAAGCCCUUGUUUAAGAAUAUAAACCUAGUUUUCCUAAAAAUAGAAAUUUUGUCCCUAGCAGCUGUUAGGAAAGGCAUUCUUUCUCUCUUGUCUUGUUCAUCAGAAAAAAACAUCACAGCUAUCAGAAGCAUGUUCACUUUUGGAGAAACAGUACUGAAAAGUAAUUUUGUUUGUUCUUCAUUUAGCUAAGUAUAACCAUCUUUGACCAGAAUUUCUGCUUGUUAUUAUUCUUUUUUCAUUUUACUGAAGCUAUGAUGUCACUCAGUGUACUUUUCUUUCUUUUUACAGUUUUUGAUCCUUUCCUCUGAUUUUCUUUAAAUUAAAACUCUGUUGCUUCCCCUCUCUGUUCUCUCUCCAUUCCCCAUGACCCCUACGCAAAUACACAUGGCUCGUAUUAAGAAUAGCAGUGAUCUUGGUCAAGUUGUCUUUUUCCUGCUUUCCAAAAUCAUGUUUCACAAAUCCUUCAUGUUAUAAUACCAAAAAGGAUCAUGAUCUUUUAUGUGGUCAUUUCCUGUUAGAAGCAAAUUCAGUUUUUAGGAAGAGAUAGUGGUCACAAGGCCCGGUUAGCAUCCACUUCUCUUUAACAAUCCCAACAAUAUUUGUUUUGUUUUGUUGCGUUUUAAAUCCCAACAAUGUCUGACUCUCAACAUGUUUAUUAGUGUUUUGAGUGUUUUGCAAAAACUUACGUUAGAAGUUAAAUGUUCUAGCACUAUUUCUACAUAGCUUUGUAAUUUCUGUAUGACGCAUCAUACUAAUUAUAAGUUGUCUGACCAGUGGCUUUGAAUUAGUGACGGGUCUGAUUUAUACAGUAGACAAUAUUUUCUUUUCACAUGUUUUAUCUCCCAGCCUGGUUUUGUGCAUGGUAUUUACUUCCCAGUAUAAAUUUACCCCUUUGGAAUUUGGGUUUUGGCAAUAAUAGGAACUAUUCUGUAAUCUGGGUGAGAAAGGUUAAAAAAGAAUGAACUGAAAGUCUCUUAAGGAAUUCUUAAAGAUGGGAUAAAUCAGUUAUCGGGAGUCAUGAGUGUAGUAGGACGAAGUUCAGGGGCAAGGAGGAGGGAAAAUCGUGUUCCUAUCAGCAAUCUGCAGGUUCACUCCACCAGCCCAACACCAAAACAUACUUUAAUAGCUCUUCUCCCCACCCCAUGAUAGUUUUCUGUGAAAAAUAGCAGCUCAAAAUGAGAAACCAUCGUGAAUGCAAAUAUGGUAGUAAGAAAAAUGAUAAUCCCUGUACUUUAUAUAAUGUUGUAGCUUAUCAAACUGCUUUACUGUGUGUCCCUUUUUCUUCCCAACACUGAAGGUUGGACAGAUGUCCAAAUGUUCCCAUCUUACUGGUGAUGGAAACCUGCAGAUUGGCAAGAAGAGCAAAUGGCGUGCUCCAAGUCAUAGAGCAGGUCA